UUUCAUUCAUUAGGAUAGAAUGAGUCACCCCAAGAGAUACAGUUUAAGGUUCAGAGAACGGCUGACAGCCAGAAAGGAAAAGGAAAAGCUAUACAAAUGUUACACAUGGAAGGUGGAAAGAAUGAUAUCCCGCGCCAGUCCAUUGAGCUCCUCUGAAUCCAGUGAUUCUCCAAGAAUUUAGCUCGUUCAAUGAUGCUCUCAGCGACCUUCAGGAAAUGGGGUGCCUUGUUAUUGAAUAUACAGUUGUUUCUUUCAUUCCAAACAUGCCAGAAAACCGCCAACCCAUCAUUCGUCUUCUUUUCACAGCAACCCGUUGCUUCUAUUGGAGAAUGACGGAUGUGUCAUGGGCUGAAAAGGAAAAAGGCGCCCUCGUACCUGAUAAUUUAAGUGUGCUUUCAGCUUCUGUCAUAUUUAAAGCCUGCUUUGUUUCCCCUGUGUUUAGUGUUUUGACGAUAGCCAGCUGAGUUGUAACGUGUAGACAACACAUGAUGUGAACAUAUUUCGCUUCAUCUCAAUAUAGAUGGAAUAAAGCGAGUGCCAGUUGAUCUGGAACCAUUGUGUUGUCUAACGCUAUCCGCGCCUGAUCUCAAACCAGCCUCUGCAUCGUCGGCAAACGAGCCCGGCGUCAGGCCAUCUUUUCAUUUCACCGCCGUGGGCUUAGGGAGUUUUUGAACAUUGGAGGAGGGAUAUUUGGCCAGCCAAACUGUGCCCGCAUAGUCUCGCCACAGACGUAGCAGCAGUGGAUCACUGUGCAGUCCGCGGUCAUAUGGUCAUUGGUACUGCACUUCCAGCACCAUGAUUUGGUCUUCUUUCCUUAGAAACAAUAUAUCCGGGACCAUGAAACCGACGGGUCCAUGCAACUUGCCUCCCUGCAAAAGAAGGAAAGAAAAGGAAAGAAUCAUUAUAUAAGCACACCAAGCUUCUAGCUAGUCUGAAAACCAGCCUCUGUAUACGUCGCCUAAACAUGUCGACCAUGAUAGUCAUGCAGUUUUUCGUGUUUGCCUUACUCUGUCUCCCGUGUUGGGCCAAUGCCGUGCAUCUACCCACCUUGUCAACUGCUCAAACUGCCACAACAAGCAGCGCCACUGACCACCAAGCGCUCAUGUCAUUGAGGUCUCUGUUUAAAGGAGAUCCAUUCCAAGCACUGACUUCAUGGGGAAACCAGUCGAUCCCAAUGUGCCAAUGGUGCGGAGUGGCCUGUGGCACGCGUGGCCACCGCCGCGGCCGUGUCGUCGCACUGGAUCUUCGUGGACUCAACCUUGUUGGCACCAUUGCCUCUUCCAUAGGUAAUCUAACUUACCUCAGGCAUUUUGGCCUCCAAGAGAACCACUUUUACGGUGCCAUACCAUCAGAGGUUGGACAUCUCGUACAACUUGAGUAUCUGAACCUCAGCAGGAACUCCAUCGGCGGCGACAUCCCGCCUACACUGGCCACUUGUGUUCAGCUUCAAGUCAUUGAUCUGAGGCACAACAUGCAUGAAGGUUCGGUGUCCCGGGAGUUAGCAUCCCUGCAUAAUCUUGAGGUACUGGCUCUUGGGUACAACAACCUUACAGGAAGUAUCCCUGUGGAGAUUGGAAACCUGAAAGCUCUGACCAGUCUUCUUCUGAACUCAAACAUGCUAGUAGGAGAAAUCCCAACACAAAUAGGAAAUCUUAGAAACUUGACCGAUUUAGAUCUUUACUUCAAUGGUUUGUCAGGUUCUAUUCCUGCCUCUCUUGGAGGCCUCCAGAAAUUACAAAUUUUGUAUCUAUCAGAAAACAAGCUCUCAGGGCCGAUUCCACCUUCCCUAGGAAACCUCUCAUCUCUAAAUGUUCUAGCUUUCGAAGAAAAUGGCCUAACUGGUAGCAUCCCUGAAUCGUUAGGAAAUAUGAAUCUCCUCAACGCCCUUUGUCUCACACUUAAUAGCCUUACAGGCUCAAUCCCUCCCACUCUUGGAAAACUCAGUUCGCUCGUUGGGUUGUAUCUGACUGGGAAUCAACUCGAGGGUACUAUACCACCUUCUCUCUACAAUCUUUCAUCCCUCCAAGUUUUAAGCGUGCAAAUUAACAACCUCAGUGGAUCUAUUUCAGAUGACCUGGGUAAUAAGUUUCCACAACUUCAGCUACUUGGCAUGAGCAGUAAUCAAUUUCAUGAGUCCAUCCCAGAGUCUUUGUGCAAUGCUUCAAUGCUUGAAAUGGUUCAAUUGGGUGCCAACUUUCUUACCGGAGUAAUACCAAAAUGUCUUGGAGCUACCAUGAAGAGCUUAUCGUUACUGCAUCUCUCAUUUGGUCAACUAGAGGCAAGGAAUGAUGCGGAUUGGGACUUCAUUUCUAGCUUGACAAACUGUAGUAUGCUGAAGAAGCUGAGUCUAGGCAAUAACAAACUAGAAGGGGUGCUGCCCUAUUCGAUAGCAAAUCUUUCCACAAAUUUAAGAUUUUUCAGCGUGUCGGACAACAUGCUACGGGGAAAUAUACUUGAAGGAAUUGGAAACCUUGUCAACUUGCAAGGGUUGCAGAUGAAUGGUAAUUUCCUAAAUGGAAAAAUUCCUGAAUCAAUUGGCAACCUUGGGAUCCUGGUUGAACUAUACUUGUACAACAACAGCUUAUCUGGACCAAUUCCACCAGUAUUUGGAAAUCUCACAUCACUAAAUAGACUCGUCCUCACCCAAAAUGUGCUUACUGGCUCCAUACCAUCCAGCCUUGGAAGUUGUCCUUUUGAGACACUAAGCCUACAAUUCAAUCAGCUUGUUGGUCCUAUACCAAAAGAGAUUUUCCUCAUAUCGACACUGUCUGUUUCCAUGGAGCUCCAAGGCAAUAAGUUAACUGGGACAAUUCCUUCAGAAGUUAGUAAUGUAGUGCAUCUUGGAUCUCUGGAUGUGUCUGACAACAGGAUAACUGGCUUAGUUCCUGCCUCUCUAGCUCAGUGUGGAAGUUUGCAGUAUCUCAGUAUGGAAGGAAACCUACUUCAGGGCACAAUUCCAGCAUCAAUAUCACAGAUGAAAGGCCUUCUAGUUCUUGAUGUUUCAAGAAACAACUUGUCCGGGGACAUCCCAAUCUUCCUUGGGGACAUGCAGGGGCUCGCUACCCUGAAUAUAUCAUUCAACAAUUUUGAGGGUGAAGUUCCAAAACGUGGAUUAUUUCUGAAUGCAAGUGCAGCUCUGAUCGAAGGGAACUAUGGCUUAUGUGGAGGUAUCCCCCAAUUUAACUUGCAUCCCUGCUCAAACCAUACAUCCAAGAAGUGGUCACACAAAAUUGUCGUGUUUAUCUCAGUAGGCAGCGCGGUUCUUUGCAUCAUCUUAGUACUAUUUGCAAUAUUUGCACGCCAGAAAUUGAGAAGCAAGUUUACUAAGACAGGACGGGUUCCAUCACUCCAUAGUGGACAGCAUAUGAGAGUUACCUAUGCUGAAUUAGUGAGAGCAACAAGUGGUUUUGCUUCUGAGAACCUCUUAGGCGCAGGAAGCUUUAGGUCCGUGUACAAAGGAACAAUGAUGGAUGGACAUCAGGAAGUGGUUGUCGCUGUGAAGGUGCUCAACCUCGAGCAGCGAGGGGCAUCUCAAAGCUUUGUUGCAGAAUGUGAGACUUUAAGAUGCAUUAGACAUCGAAACCUUGUGAAGAUAUUGACCGUUUGUUCAAGUAUUGAUUUCAGAGGUCUAGACUUCAAAGCUCUAGUAUUUGAGUUCAUGCCGAAUGGAAAUCUUGAUCAAUGGCUACACGGCCGUCUCCUGGAAGAUGGGGGCCAUGGGGUGCUCAGUCUUACCCAAAGGAUAGACAUUGCCAUUGAUGUAGCUUCAGCACUCGAAUACCUUCACCACAAUAAGCCAGUACCAAUAGUUCAUUGUGAUCUUAAGCUAAGCAAUAUUCUCCUCGAUAAUGACAAGGUUGCCCAUGUCAGUGACUUUGGACUUGCAAGGUUCUUGCACCAGGAUGAUACUAGCCUCCCAGAGAUAUCAAGUGGUUGGGCUACAAGAAGGGGAACAAUUGGAUAUGCUGCUCCAGAGUACGGUCAAGGAAAUGAAGUCUCGGUCUAUGGUGAUACCUAUAGCUUCGGAAUACUGUUGUUAGAGUUGUUCACUGGUAAAAGGCCAACUGAUGGUGAGUUUCUGCAAGAUCUAAACCUACAUAGUUACGUCGACAUAGCACUGAGAGACCAAGCCAGCAACCUGGUCGAUCUGUGUUUAUUAUCUUCACUGGAGGAAGGGACAACCAUGAGAGCUGCAUGCAUCACUUCAGUUCUGCACAUUGGGAUAUUAUGCUCGAAGGAACUGCCAACUGAUCGCAUGCAGAUUGGGCAUGCUAUGAGAGAGCUACUGGCGAUCAGAGACAAGUAUCGCACACACCUAUUGAGUGAAGGUGGGUCCAUUUAAAUGCUUGAUGGCCUCGCUUCAUUGUGAUCAGUAUUCAUCAUAAUACCAAAACAGGAGGUGAUGCAAGCUUUGUUGCUGCAAUUCACUAGACAACUAAUAUGCAUGUCUUUCGAAUGGAAUUUCAACAUUAUAUGGAAAUGGUUUGUGAACAAUGGAAGCUGCACAAUGCAAUGUAUCUUAGCCAUAGGUUCACCAAAAUUCUAGUUGGAACUUAUAGUGUAACUGGGAUCUUCCUGGUGUUAAUGUAUUCUCUUUAUUGAGAAAACCACAUGUUUUUUUCUACAUUCCUAUCUUGAGGCAAAUUAUGUAACUACAAGCGGUAGCAGG